AUGACAUCCUAUUUUGACUAUACAUUUUUCUGGGGGACUCAAACUCCCGCGGGCAUGGCUGGUAUCUCCACCAAUGGCCCGUCGAAUGUACCUUUUGCAUGCACUCCCGUUUAUUCCGCGCAAUACUUCACUUUCACAUGGUACCAGCUAGGAAAUGGGUGCCCGGUCGAGUACUCAUGGAAUGCGGCCUCAACCUGCAUUUCGACGGCUGGAGUCUAUAACACUAUGAGCUGGGGCUGCACAUGGACGACGUCGGUGGCCGCAACUUCGACCAUAGACGGCGGGACCACGACUGUAUCUGCGGGCCAGGCUGCUACAGCUAUAGCUCCCGUCGUCUGGGUCACGAUCACCAAUACACAACAAACCACGAGCACCACAACGAGUACUGUAGAUCCUGGUGCUAAAACAGUUACUGUCACUUCAACUCCAGGCGUCUCAAAACGAGAUGAUAAUUUUGCUGGUGCGCUAUUCCCUGCGCGCAAUUAUGGAACCGAUAUGCAAAGAGUUGUGGAGCCUGGGAAUGCUACAUCUGAGGUUUUGGACUCCCGAGCCGUGUGCGCGUCAAACGAUAUUAAUUGUGGAUUGAACUGCUGUCUUAGCGAUCAGACUUGCAUUGCGGGCGGUACUUAUCCUUGCUGCAAUGGAUGGGCAUGCGUACCAUAUAACCCAUAUGAACCUUUCACUGGCAACAUAUAUUGGUCUUGGCAGGGGUAUACAGCAACUUCAACAUCAUGGGCGUACCAGACCACGUACUUCACUGUCAAUCCACCUGGGAGUACAGUCACUAUCACCCCCACUUCGACCUCAGCGAUAAAUUUCGUCCAAACGCAGAUAGUGACAGCCACCAUCACCACAUCAGAUCCUACGGUCACUAUUGUGAGCGUUUUACCAGCGACUACUUUGAUUACAGGCUUCACUGGAGCCGGAGGAGUUACCAAGACCGGCGGGCCUGGGUCAUCUGAAUCGAUAACUUCAGUCUCUACCAGUGGAGGAACAGUAGUCACGAUAAGUGGUUCUACUUUCACUACUGGUGGAACCCCAGUCACUGUAGUCCUGCCACCAUCAACCUCCACAAAUUCCGGAUCUCCACCCGUAACCUCAAGUUCAACAAACAACGGCCUCGUCGUCAAGGUAGCAGCAGGAGUUGGAACACCACUUGGCCUAUGUCUCUUCGGCCUCCUCAUCUUCUGCAUCUUCCGCUACAGAAAAAGGAACAAAGACAAGAAGCCCAAACCAGCUCCACCAAACAUCAUCAGCAGCAACUUUGGUGGGGACUCCGCAAUGGUCGAAUCCAGCACAGGGGGCGACGCGUCCGCCUACCACACCACCGCCAACGUCGCCAGUAAGCCUCUUCGUCCAGCUACAGUUGUCGAAAAUAGUCCCUCAGAUUCGCAAGGAUUUGGAUACGGAGAUGUGCCGAUGAGUCCCACAAGUCAGCAUAGUCAGCAAAGUGAGAUGUUUGCGCCGGCGCAUCAUUCGAGUGAGAUUUAUACGCACCCGCCUAGGUAUGCGAGUCCGCCGAGGUAUGUGGGGGAUGAGAACCAUGGAUAUUAUGUUAAUGAAGCGGAGACGGUGGCUAAUAGGCAUGAGUUGUAAUGGAUGGGUGGAAGUGAAGUGUGGGUAAUGAUUUUAUUUGGUAAUGUUUCAUGAAGUUUGUAUUUACUUGGGAAUUUGGAGGGGAUUGGAUGUCAUGAUGGAAGGAAGGUAUGUUUAUGGGAAUGAGAAUGG